AGCAGCCUCCAGAAGCCAAUAGUUCUCAGACCCAAUUGAAGUAGGUUUAUCUUAGUCUUAUUUGUUGUUUGUGGGGGCAUGGAAGGACUCUGGAGGAUUUUCGAGUUAAAUGUCUGCACAUAUCGAAGAAGUGACCUCUGAUCAUUCUGACCACGAAGGCCAUGUCCAUGAUCAUGACCACGACCACGACCAUGACCAUGAUCAUAACCACGACCACGACGAGGACCCCACCUCCGCUGCUGCCCUCGACAAAAUUCAGUCGCGUUCAGAGAGGAAGGCUCGCAAGGCGCUCAUCAGUCUCGGAUUGAAGAGGGUUCCCAACAUUACUCGGGUUACUCUCCGCAGGCCCAAGAACAUUCUUUUCGUUCUUGCAUCCCCAGAUGUUUACAAGUCGCCAAACAGCGACUGCUACAUCGUCUUCGGAGAAGCUAAAAUCGAGGACAUGAACGCGCAAAAUCAAAUGUCUGCUCAGCAACUUGCUGGUGCAGGUGGUGCCGAUAUACCCAACCUGGAGUCGUCGGGUGCAGGUGGUGAUGAUGAUGACAUCCCUGAGCUGGAAGCCGCUGAGGAAGAGGGACCUGUGGAUGAAACUGGUGUUGAUCCCAAAGACAUCGAUUUAGUGAUGACCCAGGUGAACUGCUCCCGGGCAAAGGCUGUUCGAGUACUAAAAGAAAGUGGAGGAGACCUCAUUAAUGCCAUCAUGGCUGCAAGCGAGUAGUAUUUGCGUUCCACUUGUAUUCUCUAGGACAAAUUCAUAUUCGUUCAUGAUUGUUUUUCCACUUCGAAUGAGCUGACCGACCAU